AUGGCUAGCCAGGUUGAUGUCCUUCUCUAUGGGCUGGGAGCCAUUGGCUCCUUCUACGCCUUCAUUCUGCAUCGUAGUAACAAGGUUCGUCUGACUGUGGUCGCUCGGUCCAACUACGCAGCCGUCAAGGAGAAUGGCAUCCUUCUGAAAAGUGCCAACCACGGCGAGCAUCGAUUCUAUCCAGACCACGUGGUCCGCUCGCCUUCAGAACUCACCCACCCAGUCGACUAUGUUGUCUGCACCAACAAGGCCAUUGACCCAGCCAGCGCCGUCCACUCCCUAGCACCGGCAAUUGGCAAGGACACCACAAUCGUGAUUAUCCAGAACGGCGUGGGAAACGAAGAGCCAUUCCGCGAGGUCUACCCAUCCUGCAGUAUCAUCUCCUGCGUUACAUGGGUCGGAGCAUCCCAGCCCACCCCAGGCACCGUCAUCCACACCACAUCCGAAGACACCGAACUCGGCCUUUACCCGAACCCCAACGUUCCAGAUGCUGUGGAGGCUGAGCGUCUCAACAUUUUCACUGGCCUCCUCGCCGCAGGUCAGACUCGUCACACAGUGCACGACAACAUCCAACCCACCCGCUGGUCCAAAGUCAUCUGGAACUGCGCCUGGAACACCCUGACGACCCUGACCGCUUUGGACACGCAAGCAUUCUUGCAAUCCUCUGCUGAUGCCAUUCCCUUCACGCGACGACUCAUGAGCGAGGCUGUGGCUGUGGCUCGUGCUGCGGGUGUCCCUCUCCCGGAUGAUCUGAUCGACACUCAAUUGGCACGCAUUCAAGGUCUGGGGGCAGUCCGAACGAGUAUGCAGAUCGACCGGGAGAAUAACCGACCGAUGGAGAUUGAGGUGAUUGUGGGUACACCAGUGCGUAAGGGGCGAGAGUUGGGGGUUCCUACGCCAGUGUUGGAGACACUGUAUGUACUGUUGCGGGCUGUUGAUGGGGAGACGCGUCGGGUGCAGAAGAUUUGA